AUGGUCGGGAACUUUGAGAAGAUGAGAAAUGUUUUAGCUGGGGUUCUGCCUCGUUGGGACGAGGACAUGCCUUCAUACCCUUUCAUCCUUGGCUUUUUUGCCUUCGGUCUUGAGCAGACAAACUACAAAGACAGGGCAGAGGAUGUAGCUAGAAAAGGGCUGGACAUGGAGAAGAGAAACCCUUGGGCCACCCACACCCUCAGUCAUGUGAUAGAGGAGGCCCGCCCAGUCCAGUCUGGAGUGGAGCUGCUAACACAGACCAGAGAGAACUGGCUGGACUCGCUCAUUGGCAGCCACAUCAACUGGCACCUUGCUCUGUACUACUAUGGUCAUGUGAAGGUGGCAAAGACAGCUCUGGAGGGAGGGGCACUGACAGAGAGGGAGGAGAGACAUGUGCAGGCUCUGCUGGCGUAUGCAGAAGGACAGCUGCCCUCAGCCAUCGACCACUGGGCAGCCAUUCUUGUCAACUACCCCAGAGACCUACUCGCCACUCACAUGCUGUUUGUGGCCUGCAAGAUGUUGGGGAUGUUUGCCAGAGCCAGAGACACCCUGGCAGCCCUGUUGCCUCACUGGGAGAAGAAGGAACCUCUCUAUCCUUACCUCCUGGCCUUCUAUGCGUUUGGUCUAGAGGAGACUAAGUACUAUGGCGAAGCCGAGAAGGCAGCCAGGGAAGCCAUAGAACUGCAGAGGAAGACUCCGUUUGCUUGUCAUGUAAUGGUCGUGAUCUCUUAG